UUUGCUCACGCACUAAUUACCCCACUGCAAGGCCAGAAGCUAACACAGCUCCAGUUUGUACUGGGUUCGGCUUGCAGCCACGUGGGAGGGUGCCUGCCUGUGCUGCCCGCGCCGGCUGGGAGUAUUGCCGUGGGACAAGACGUGCACACUGCCCUGGAGAGGGAGGGAGCCUUGGGCAGCCUGUCUCAGCCCUGGUACUCUCUUCCCCUGCGCUCAUGGACCAGUUCUCCCCAUAACCAGCCCCGCAGCCUCCAGCUGUGCCUCUGCUAAGGAGGGUUUGGCAGCUGGCCCUGUCUCGGGGAGCUGGGGAGCCCGUCCCAAGGAUCCGCUGUGCCAGCCUGGCGGCAGCAGGCUGAACAGCUGCCCCCGCCGGGGAAACGGGAAAAUGAGCAGAGGCAUAGCCCAUCUCCUGAUGGCUCUCUUCAUGGUGGCGGCAAUGGGCUACCCGUCACAGCGGUCUGCCACUGACCUGGAUGCCACCCCCAGGACAACGGUCACCUUUGAUGAGCUGUCAGGCAUCCAGCGCUUCAGUGGACACACCCUCAACUACAGCACCUUGCUGCUGGAGGAUGACCAGGGCAUCCUCUACGUGGGCGCCAGGGGAGCCAUCUUUGCCCUCAACUCCAGUGAUGUGGCUGACGGCUCCCACCGCAUGAUCCACUGGGAAGCCUCCCCGGAGAAGCAGAUGGACUGCCUGCAGAAGGGCAAAAACAACAAGACCGAGUGCUUCAACCAUGUGCGGUUUCUGCAGAGGCUGAACAGCACCCACCUCUACGCCUGCGGGACCUACGCCUUCCACCCGCUCUGUGCUGCCAUCGAUGCUGACAGGUUCAUGUUGCCAUCUCAUUUUGAGGAAGGCAAGGAGAAGUGCCCAUAUGACCCUGCCCGUGGCUACACCGGCCUCAUUGUAGAUGGUGGCUUGUACACGGCCACGCGCUACGAGUUUCGGAGCCUCCCCGACAUCCGGAGGAACCUGCACCAGCGGCCGCUGAAGACAGAGGAGUCCCCACUGCACUGGCUGAAUGAUGCUGAGUUUGUGGCCUCCGUGCUGGUCCAGGAGAGCAAGGACAGCCCUGUUGGUGAUGAUGACAAAAUCUACUACUUCUUCACGGAGCGGGCGGGUGAGGAGACCACAUCCUUCUUCGACAAGAGCCAGGUGGCCCGAGUGGCCCGUGUAGCCCGUGUCUGCAAGAGCGACGUGGGGGGGAAAAAGAUCCUGCAGCGCAAGUGGACAUCAUUCAUGAAGGCACGCCUUGUCUGCUACAUCCCCUACUACGAGGUGCUGCGCAGCGUCUGCAGCCUGGAUGGGGGCGGCUGGGCCAGCACCGUCUUCUACGCUGCCUUCACACUCUCGGCACAGUGGAGGACCAUGGAAGCCUCAGCUGUGUGCCGCUACAGCAUCUCGGCGGUGCAGCAUGCCUUUGAGGGCCCCUACAUGGAGUACCAGGAUUCGGCUCGCAAGUGGUCCCGCUAUGACGGUGCAGUGCCUGAGCCCCGGCCCGGCUCCUGCAUCACGGACCUCUCCCGCAGAAAGGGCUACAACUCCUCACAGGACCUGCCCAACAGCGUCCUGGACUUUGUCAAGCUGCACCCACUCAUGUUCGAGGAAGUGAAGCCGGCUGGUGGGGAGCCGCUGCUGGUGAAGAAGAGCGUGGCGUACAGCCGGCUGGCUGUGGACAGGGUGCAGGCCCUCGACGGCCGCUCCUAUGAUGUGCUUUUCAUGGGGACAGGUGACGGCUGGAUCCACAAGGCCGUGGUGGUGGGCUCUGGCCUCCACAUCGUGGAGGAGGUGCAAGUGUUCAGGGACCCACAGCCUGUGGAGAGCCUGGUGAUCUCCCAUGCCCAGAGGAGCCUGUACGUGGGGGCAGCCAGUGGGAUCCUGCAGGUGCCCCUGGCCUCCUGCGCCAGGUACGCUUCCUGCUACGACUGCAUCCUCGCCCGCGACCCCUACUGCGCCUGGGACGGCAGGGCCUGCCGUGCCACCGCUGCCGCGGACAGCACAGGGCUGGUGCAGGACAUUCAGAGUGGCAACGAGGGAUGCCGGAGCAGCUCUGGGCGGGGCUCCCUGCCAUGGAAGAACCGGACGGUGCUUCAAGGGGACGACGUGCUGCUGCCCUGUGACCAGCGCUCCAACCUGGCACGAGCCGUGUGGCUGCUGAAUGGCAGCGAGGCGCCAGGCACGGGGCAGGACCGGCUGCGUGUCGGGGUGGACGGGCUGCUGGUGACGGACACGCUGCCCCGGCACAGCGGCGAGUACCGCUGCUACGGGGAGGAGCGGGGUCUCCGGACACUGCUGGCUGCCUACAGCCUCACCGUGCUACCUGAGCUGCCCCGCAGCCCCACGGAUGCUGCGCGGCCCCACGCUGCCAGCCAGGCAGCCGGCGACAUGAAGGUGGCUUAUGUCUCUGCCAUCGUCGCCUUGGUGGUGCUAUGCGCCGUGCUCAGCACCAUCCUCCUCUAUGUGUCCUGCCUGGAGAGGCGCAAGGGCAAGUAUGUGCUGGGAGAGCCACGGCCAGCCAGUGUGGAGCUACAGACCGUCUCAGCCAACUGCCUGCGCAAGGGCCGCCGGGAGGAGGAGGAGGAGGAGGAGGAAGAGCUCGCCUACCCUGAUGGCUGCCUGCGGAUCAUCCCCGGCGAGGCACCCACGGCUGCCACCUCCCCGGUCAAGGAGCUGCCGGCUGCCGUGUCCCCGCUGCCACCGCCACCACCGCUGCCGGCCGAGCUCACCAACGGCGUGGGGGCUCUGCCCAGCGUCCUCCGCAAGAUGAACGGCAACAGCUACAUGCUGCUGCAGCAGCAGGAGGAGCCGCUGGCCUCACCGCUCUACAGCGCGUCCUUCACCGAGGAGCUCAGCAAGAUCCUGGAGAAGCGGAAACACACGCAGCUGGUGGAGAAGCUGGAUGAGAGCUCCGUGUAGGGGCCGGGAGGGGGUCCUGCCAGCAGGACCCUCCUCCCCUCCGGCCCCUUCUCCCACACCCUGCCAACAGUGUUACAAGACUCAGGCAAAACUACCUCCUGGAUGGCAGAGCCGGGCCGGGCCCGGACUCGGCCAUUCCUUCAGCUUUUCAUUCACUUUUGAGACUUGCUGUACAGAAAAAAA